AUGCCGCCAGAAGAUCCAGACGCCCCUUCUCGAAAAAAGCCGAUGCUCCGCGAUUAUCUGCAUUGGGUAGUUGUGGACGUUCCUGGAAGUCAUCUAAAAUACGGCAAGGAGCUCGUGUCCUACAUGGGACCUCACCCUCCUUCAGGCACAGGUUUGCACAGGUACUAUUUCCUUGUCUACAAGCAAUCAAAACCAGUUUCACUUGAAAAAACGGCUAGGGCGAGCUUCGACACGCACAGAUUUGUCGACGAAAACGAAUUGGGAAAGCCAAUAGCAGGAAAUUAUUUCCAGGUGAUUAAACCUUGA